GCAGAGUGUUCAGCCAAGCAUCCGCCGUCUCGGCUCUAGGUUUCCUGCGCGCGCCGAAAAAGCCCUUCACUUUACGUACACUCUCUCCUCCACCCAUAACAGGGCGCACACUCCUCUUCCUCCUCUUCUAACUUUUGUCGUCAUCCUACGUUGACCAAGCCUCCUCCUCUACAACAAGCUUUGAUUCAGCUUUCUGGAGCUUUGGUCAGAGCCCCCACUGCUACCGUUUGAUUCCCUAUUCACGCUAGAUACCAAUCGAGCUCAAAGCCGCGGCAUCUUGCCUGCUGUUGCAGCAGCGAGCGCAGUCUAUACGGCAUCACCACAUAUUCACCACCAGGUGGCCUCGCUGAAGCUCGACAGAUAAGCGAAGCAUCAACACAUCAUGCCUGACCAAAAGAACCUCAUCCCGCGCAUGCAGGCUAAGGGGCCGUUCUCGGUCCCGGUGCCUGGCGCUACGGCCGCACCUGGCGAGACGGUCCCUCGCCGCCACCCCGACGCCGCUACCGAACUCUGGACCAGGCCCUCCCCCGACGUUUCCACGACGUGGGAGCUCGUCAAGUACAGCGUCGAGAAGUUUGGCAAUGCCAAGUGCGUUGGCUCCCGCCGGCUCGUCCGCACCCAUCAGGAGACCAAGAAGAUCAAGAAGAUGGUCGAUGGUCAGGAGCGCGAGGUCGACAAGCAGUGGACCUACUUCGAGCUCUCCGGUUACGAGUACCUCACGUACAACGAAUACUACCGCCUGGUCGUCCAGCUGGGUGCCGGUCUGCGCAAGGUCGGACUUGUCGCUGAAGAUCGCGUCCACAUUUACGCUGCCACCAGCCAGAACUGGCUCGCCAUGUCACACGCCGCCGGCUCACAGUCCAUGGCCAUUGUGACUGCGUACGACACACUUGGCGAGGAGGGGCUCAGGCAUUCAAUGGUGGCCACCAAGGCCAAGGCCAUCUUCCUCGACCCCCACCUGCUGCCCACCCUCGGCAACGUGCUCAAGGACGCCACCGACAUUACCCACGUCAUCUGGAACACCCAGAACAAGGUCAAGCAGGAGCACAUUGACAAGCUCAACCAGACCUACCCCAACGUUACCGUCUUGAGCUUUGACGAUCUGAGGAAGCUUGGCGAGGAGAACCCGGUCGAUGCCGUCCCGCCCAAGGCCGAUGAUCUCUGCUGUAUCAUGUACACGUCUGGAUCCACCGGAACCCCCAAGGGUGUGCCACUGAAGCACAGCAACGUUGUUGCUGCUGUUGCUGGAGUUAGCGUUGUCGUCCAGCCUUACAUUGGCCCCGGCGAUGGCCUCCUUACCUACCUGCCCGCCGCCCAUAUUCUCGAGUUUGUUUUUGAGAACUCUGCAAUGUUCUGGGGUGCUACGAUGGGUUACGGUAACCCCAAGACUCUUUCUGACGCUUCGGUGCGCAACUGCAACGGAGACAUUAAGGAGUUCAAGCCCACAGUCCUCGUUGGUGUUCCCGCCGUGUGGGAGAACGUCAAGAAGGGAAUCAUCGGCAAGGUCAACGCAGGAAGCCCGGUUGUGCGCAACCUCUUCUGGGGUGCCAUGUCCAUGAAGAACAACCUCAUGGGCAUGAACCUGCCUGGUUCCGGCAUCCUUGACGCCGUUGUCUUCAAGAAGAUCAAGGAGGCCACUGGUGGCAGGCUCAAGAUCUGCUUGAACGGUGGUGGCCCCGUGGCCAAGGAGACGCAGCGCUUCCUCUCAAUGGCCAUCUGCCCCAUGAUUAUCGGCUACGGUCUUACCGAGACGACUGCCAUGGGCACGCUGCAGAACCCCAUGGAGUGGUCAACCGAUACGAUUGGCGCAAUGCCGGCAUCCGUCGAGGCCAAGCUGGUCGACUUUGCGGAUGCCGGAUACCACGUCACCAACAAGCCUAACCCCCAGGGUGAGGUUUGGCUGCGUGGUCCCACAGUCAUGUCUGGCUACUACCAGAACGAUAAGGAGACGGCUGAGGCCAUGACUGAAGACGGCUGGUUCAAGACGGGCGAUAUUGGCGAGUUUGACAGCCAGGGACACUUGAAGCUCAUUGACCGCAAGAAGAACCUGAUCAAGACCCUCAACGGCGAGUACAUCGCACUGGAGAAGCUCGAGUCGAUUUACCGAUCGGCACCCGUUGUCGCCAACAUCUGCUGCUAUGCCGACGACUCACAGGCCAAGCCUGUUGCCCUGAUCGUGCCCGCCGAGCCUGCCCUGAAGAAGCUGGCAGCUUCCUGUGGUGCCAAGGGUGAAACCCUCGAGGAGCUCAUUCACGACAGCAAGGUCAACGCUGCUGUGCUGAAAGAGAUGCAGAAUGUUGGUCGCCAGGGCGGCCUAGCCGGUAUCGAGAUUAUUGACGGCGUCGUUUUGUCAGAUGAGGAAUGGACACCGCAGAACGGACUUGUCACGGCUGCGCAAAAACUUAACCGCAAGGGUAUUCUCCAAAAGUACAAGAAGGAGGUCGACCAGGCUUAUGGCAUCAAGAAAUAAGGGAGACGAAAUACUUGACUGCGGCAAUAAUGUUGUCACAUAUCAUUAGACGACGGGACAGAAAGCAGUCCAGCCUCUUUUGGGUAUCCAUUUUGCCCGACGGGAGCCAGGGAAGACUCUUUGUUGUAUGCAUAGGCAACUUGAGGUUUGCGGUGGUUUGGACUGAUCUUGGCCUUGGUCACUUGUUUUUUUCUUCUUCUUUUUUUUCUCUUCCAUAAUUUGGGGCUUUUUCUUCUUCUCUCUUUCGGAUUGUAUUUUUGGAAGGUAUAUGGCGUUU